ACUUAGAUACUUAUGACCUUACCUACAUGCUUUGUUUGCAUCAGCCUCGCGCAUUUGCGACAUACAGCCUAGCAACACCCCAAGGAAACAACAGGCAAAUCUUAAGGUGGACUGCGAUCGACUUUUUCUUGAGGCGCAACUAAAGCAGAAUCAUGUUGCCCCUCGGGCUGCUAAACGCCGCUCAGGGCCAUCCUAUGCUCGUCGAGCUGAAGAAUGGCGAGACUCUCAACGGACAUCUAGUCCAAUGCGACACCUGGAUGAAUUUAACCCUCAAAGAGGUCGUCCAGACAAGUCCGGAAGCAGACAAGUUCGUUCGACUCCCCGAGGUCUACGUAAAGGGUAACAAUAUCAAAUACCUAAGAGUCCCCGACGAAAUUAUCGAUUUAGUCAAAGACCAACAACAUUCUCAAGGUGGUGGAUUUAGAGGUGGCCGCGGUGGACAUGGAUCACAACGUGGCGAUCACGGUGGAAGGGGAGGCGAUAGAGGUCGUGGUGGACGUGGCCAAGGUAGGGGCCGGGGCAGAGGCGGACGAGGAACUUGAGCGGAGUGACCAUGAAAGUAUCUGCCCACCACACAGGCACAUAUACGCGAAGCAUAGCAGAUUGCAUCCCCAGCAAACCCGUCACGAUGUUCGUCGGCAGCUCCGAAUGAGACGACACGUUAGCCCAGCUAACGGCAAGCGCUGAAGCCGCCUAUAUAGGAACAUUGCUGACGUUGAUCCACAAUAUUUAUGAUUGGGCUCAGACGUCGUCGACAACUCUCGGUAGGAUAGUUCGCUGCCUUUUCAAUUGCGCCGUUGGAACACUCUGGCCCCUCACUGCAUGGCAACAAACUAUGAUGCAAAUGAUAGACGGGGGAAAUCUCGGCUCUCUUUAUCAGCCCACUGAGAUAGAGUCUGAUAAGA